AUAAAAUUAUUAAGUUGAGGUGGAAGUAAUGUGUUUUUCGAACUUCCAUCGCUGUAUUUCAUAAACUUUCUAAAAAUAAUUUACUGACUUUAUCUGUUAAGACGGUUUCAGAUGCAAACACUUGAUGUAUGUGUUUUAAGAUGGGAGCAGAUUUUUUAAAAUUUACAUUACUGGGAAAAAGUGACAUAAAACGAUCUAUAAACGCUGUUUUAGCCAGAUUUUCUGCCUGAGAUUUAUAAAUAAAAAGUGAGCAGGUUGUGCUUUUUUACAAACAUUCAAACCAGUACUUGAACUCACCAUCACCUGCUGCUUCGCAGAUGUUGAGUUCAGGGACACGGUUACCAUGGUGAUUAGCAGGGUGUAAGGACAAGUUGCAACUCGCUUUCAGCUCAACAAAACAAAGAAAAGCAGCAAAACUUCGAAAUCGGCGGACGACAGCUUUUGUUUGAGCUAGUUUUAGCUAGUUCUGAUACAACUCUGAUUGGACGACACCGACACCUCCGCUAAUGAUGAGCCAAUGAGCGCUUUACAACAAUAAACGUCACCGUGUUUACCCGGAAAUGAAAACCCCGAACGACCAUUUAACUUGUUUAUUUCUCGUAGUUUCGUAUAUAUAUAUGGAACUUUUACCUAAGUAAACAAUAAAUUAUAUCUGUGCACACAAUUGACUCAGGAUGUACAGUGGGCUUCUGCCGAAAGAUUUAACCGAAGACGAUCUGAGUUCAGACGCCGAGCUAGAAGAUGGUGUUGUCAAGGGAGACGAUGAAGAAAAAGAGUUUGGUGAACAUUCAACAAAUACAAUGCCUGUGGUGGACGCACGCUCGCCUCACUUUGGCGCUGACGAUGACUCUCCGACAUGCAAAAUGCCAGGCGUAUCUCAGGGAGCGUGGCAGAAAUUCCAGGAGCUCCGUAAAAAGAAAGAUGAAAUUAAGGCUAUGGAAGUCCCCCAGAAAAGGAGAAGACGACGAAAGAGAGGCAGAAAGUGCGAGGAACCUGCAGACACUGGGUACAGAAGUUCUUAUCGUUGUUUUUAUAUAUAAGCAACUAAAUGACCCAUGCAAAGAGCACCACGAUGACCCAGACGAGCGCUGGGAUGAGCUGAAGCAGUACUUCGGUGUGAAUGAUCGAUUUCUUCCCCCCGCCUCCUCCACACCCCCGCUGAAGUCCGGCCUAGAAAAGAGCAUAGAGCAGGCCAUAGCUGAGGGGGACAUCGCACACGCGGAGGAGAUGAGCGACAGGCUCGCCACUCGAGAGAUGGCUGUAAAAAUCGCUCAAGCUGCUGAUUGUCGUGACUUCGUGCAGCAGAAACAGGAAGAAGAAGCUAAGAGGACGGCGCUGAAGAGGAGGAAGCAGUUAGCCUGGGGGUUUGAGAUGAAGAAACGAUGGGAGACCAAAAGCAACAUGGGCUACAUGUGAGAAACCAAGGAGAAGAAGCAACGUUUAAAAUAUGAUUUAAUGAAAAGGUUUCAAAAAGUCUGAUCAUGAUUUAUAUAUAUAUAUAUAUAUUUUUUUUUUUUUUUUGUUUUUGUUUUGAAGUGUUAAACCAGCUGGGUUGAGGUGGGGGUGAGGGUGGGGGAGCUGUCGGCUAAGAAAACCAAUCCAGAGAGUGCAAAGAAAAAAAUGGAGCCUUCCAAUUAAUUCCUAAGGCGCCUACUGGUGUCUGCAUUGUUAUUUUUCAUUACAUUUGAGCACUCUGGACCUUUUUCCCCUUCAAAUUAAAUCUGGUGUACAUUACUGGAUGAUGCGUUUAUUUAUUGCUGUAAAGUGGGUUAAUCAUGAAGGCGCGCCUUUCUUCUUCAGAGGCAGAGAAAGAAAAGAUUAGAGCUCUAAUGCAAUGUACAGGAUAAUGUGCCAUAGGAUUUGGGAGCAGAAAAAGAAAUUUGGCUGCUGUAAACUGUUGUGAGCGGUUGUAAACUGGAACUUUGAAAAGAGACUUUGCUACCGCUGGAAGACACGCUUUUGUUCCCUUUGUUUUUGUGGAGUCUACACUUGCAGAUCAUUGUGUUCGGAGCUCUCCUCGGCAUCUGUAAACUUGUCGGAAAUCCACUAAUUCCAGCUGUUGUUGCUGCCGCUUUGAUCUUUUUUACAUCUGCAGCGUUCGCUUCCACGGCGACUCUGCUCUGCUGAAAACGGCUCAUUCACAUUCCAGGAAGUCUUAAUUUCAAACAGUCCUUUGAAAAAAUGUUAAAUAAAAAAGACAAUUACUUUAUUCAUAAUGCGUGGUUCCCCCAUCCCCCACCCAGAAAAGAGGAGGGAAAAAAAACGUGGAAAGUGAUUGCUUUGCUUCAAGGUAAUGAGAAUUAAAAUGAGUUUAACUUGUUUGCAUUGCACAUAUUUGAGCGGUUUGUCCUCCAGUGAAGUAUUUUUGUAGGUUUGCAGGUUUAAUCAGGGCGAGGACAAAUUAACACGACAUCAGCAAAAAAUUGAGAAAAAAAGUUGGCUGGCAAUUAUGAUACAAAAUCCUAGAUGGUUUCUAACAUGGGCUGAGUAAUAAUAAGCUGAAAGGACUGUUUUUUUUUUUAAUCACAUUGUGUCCAAAGUGUGGCACGUGGGCCAUUUGCGGCCGUCAGACGGAGUUUGUGCGACUGUAAUUCCAGAAUGGCUGAAUUUUCUUUCGUCAGUGGAGGAAGGAUGUUUAACAUUUUAAUGUUAAAAUGUUUGAGGCCUCAUAAAAAAACUGAUAAAUGAAGUUAUAAAAUAAAACAUUCUGUGCUCCGA